UCCCGGACCCCGGCCUGCCGCUGCGGGGAGCCAGGAGCUCCAGCGGUCACCGUAGACAUGGAGCUUCGGGAGACCGGCGGGUAACGAGAACUGCCACGGCGCCCAGCCCCGCAGUCGCCAGCUCUUCUGUUCCGCGUGUUUAGGCAGCGAGAUGACUCAGAGAAUCGGGCUUCCGGUCUGGGGGCUCCCGGGUCCGCCGCUGUUUCUCUUGGGCGUGACCUGGCACGCCGUCGUCCGCUGCUCUUUGCUACCUGGCCUCGAAGGAAGUGCCCGCCUUUUGCAUCUUUCCAGUAACGUGUCGAAGCGCCGGCUGGACUAUUGUGAGACGGAAGCGAAAUUAGCCUUGUCUCUCGACUUUUGGACUCUGUCCUCUGAAAACCUUAUAGCUGUGUUCCCAGUUGAUCCUGUUAAAGAAAAUUACGUUCGUAAAGUGAAAAACUGUAUUUUUUCAGUUGCCUUCCCUACUCCUUUCAAAUCAAGAGUACGUCUUGUAGCAGUUUCAAAGGAGGUUCUAGAAGAUAUUUUGGACCUUGACUUCCGUGUCUCAGAAACAGAUGAUUUUAUCCAGCUUGUGAGUGGUGAAAGGAUAGUAUUUGGAUCCAUUCCACUGGCUCACAGAUAUGGUGGGCAUCAGUUUGGGAUAUGGGCAGGUCAGCUUGGGGACGGAAGAGCUCACCUAAUUGGAAUUUACAUGAACAGGCAGGGUGAAAAGUGGGAGCUCCAAUUAAAGGGCUCAGGAAAGACUCCAUACUCCCGAAAUGGUGAUGGCAGAGCUGUACUUCGUUCCUCAGUGAGAGAAUUUUUAUGCAGCGAGGCUAUGCACUCUCUUGGAAUUCCAACUAGCAGGGCUGCAAGUCUGGUUGUGAGUGAUGAUGAAGUAUGGAGAGAUCAAUUCUACAAUGGAAACAUUGUGAAAGAAAGAGGUGCAAUAGUGCUGCGUGUUGCAAAAUCAUGGUUUAGAAUUGGAUCAUUAGAAAUUUUGGCUCAUUAUGGUGAACUGGAUUUACUAAGGACGUUACUAGACUUCAUCAUACAGGAGCAUUUCCCCUCAGUAAAGGCCACAGAACCUAACAGAUAUGUGGAGUUUUUCUCUACUGUGGUAUCAAAGACGGCACAACUCAUUGCCUUGUGGAUGUCUGUUGGUUUUGCUCAUGGUGUUUGUAAUACUGAUAACUUCAGUUUGUUAUCCAUUACAAUCGACUACGGCCCAUUUGGUUUUAUGGAAGCCUAUAACCCAGAUUUUGUCCCAAACACAUCUGAUGAUGAAAGAAGAUAUAAAAUAGGAAAUCAGGCCAAUAUUGGGAUGUUUAAUUUAAACAAAUUGUUGCAAGCUUUAAAUCCAUUACUGGAUCCUAGGCAAAAGAAGCUAGCUGCUCAGAUUCUUGAGGGGUAUCCUGUUCUUUAUUACACAAGAUUUAGAGACUUGUUCAAAGCCAAGCUGGGGUUACUUGGAGAAAGGAAGGGUGAUGACAAUUUAAUUGCAUUUCUCUUACAUCUCAUGGAAAAGACAGAAGCUGAUUUUACAAUGACAUUUCGGCAGCUCAGCGAGAUUACUCAAAGCCAGUUAGAGGAGCUCAACAUUCCCCAGCAAUUCUGGGCACUGAAGAUGAUCUCAGAGCACCAGCUUUUCCCCGCCUGGGUAUCCCAGUACCUUUUGAGACUGAAGAGUAACAUGAAUGAUUCAGAUUCUGAAAGAAGAAAAAGAAUGGCAACUGUUAAUCCUAGAUAUGUACUGAAGAACUGGAUGGCAGAGUCCGCAGUGAGAAAAGCAGAAAGGAAUGAUUUUUCAGAGGUGUCCAUGGCACGAGCCACGUGGGUCCACUAAUCCUGACAGCAGUGAAGAUGGGAUGAACGAAAUCUACAUGAAUCUGCCUGGAUGAAUCCCACAUACAAUGUUCGGCAAGACAAGCAAGUGGCAAAGGCAUAUGACAGGCACCCCUUAAAUACAGUGUGAAACAUGCAAAACUAUACGCCACAUAGGGAGGCAUGCAUAGAUAAUAAAAGUAACAACAUGAAUAAAGAUGAUAAACAUCAUCUUCGGACAGUGGUUACUUCGAGGUGAGGAAGAAAUCUGAGUUAGGGAAGGAGACUCACUCUGGGCUCUAAUGCUAUUGGAAGUAUCUGAUUUCUGAAGCUGGCUGGAGGGUACACGGGGGUUCGUGUAUUGUUCUGCAUACCUUCUUGUACGCUUCAAGUACGUCAUAAUCAAUUAUUGAAAAUGCAGUGCACAUAAUACAUGUUUUAGAAGAGGACUGGCCUUGGAACUCAUGCUGUCACUGUCCUGCACUGGAGUAGAUGUUAUCGAUGCUCAUGGCUCUCUUUCUGACACUGGUCCCACCUCAGAAUCAUUCCCACCACAGCAUGUAUGUGGUCACAACCAAGUGAUCAGCGUUGGCAUCAGAGAAACUGAUGAGAAAUCAGAGAAA